AACAAAAAAUAAAAGAAAAAAUCCAUGUUUUAACAAAACAAUAAUAAAAGUGUUUAAAAAAAAUUAAACCAAAGUUAUAAAAAACCUUAACCAAAUACAUUAAAUAGUUAAACAAAAAAAAACAAACCAAACAUGUCUUUACCUAGCACCACCUUAAGCCCGGAUUACCUAGAGGCUUCCACCCUUUCCACCACCCUCCUGGAGGAAGAAUCUCUUACUGCUUCACCCACAAUUAUGGAUAUGUGGAUGUCUCAGUUGCAAAAAGAUCAUCCAGAAAUCUCCUUUGUCAUACCUAGUCAACAUGAUAAUCAACAUAUCGACAAUAUGGUGCAAUUUAAACGCCUGUUGGAACAGGUGGGCAAUACAGCCUAUGAUACCAUUACCUCAGGUUCACAACAUCAUGAAUCACAUGUUUUGAUUGACUCCUUAGGUCAGACCAUAACACAUGAUCAGAUAUCGAAUAGUGCUGUAUUGAAUAUGGCCGAUUUGAAAAAUAAUGCUUUAACGGGCUUGGAGAGAUUUUUCUCCGGCACCGAUAUGCAUUCAUUGAUCAAUUAUUUGUGGGUUGGUGUGGUCACCUCGUUGAUAGUGUUGACGGUGAUUUUUGUGCUGUUCAGCUGUUAUUUCUACAGAAAGUUUCGCGAAUGGAAGAAAUGCAAUAAAGACAUUCGCGCUCAUUUAAAUAACGAUAUGUAUCCUGGUGCUGUAAUGCCUUGUGAUGCUGCCAUCAACCCGGAGGCAGCCUAUUAUCAAAUGGAAAAUCCACCUUGUUAUACCAUUGCCACCGGUCUGCCUACCUAUGAUGAGGCUCUACACCACAAUCAGCAACAUUUUGCCUUUGGCAUGAAAUUCAUUUAUCCCACUUUGGCUGCUGUACAUCAUCAGGCCUCAAAUUUGAUCAGCUCCUGGGAAAAAUACGACAUCUCUAGUAAAGACCAAAAAGCAGUAGCUAACUCAGCAUCAGCAUUAACAGCAACUAAAUGUAAAUCAUCUCAAACCAAUAACAGCAAAUCAUCUCAAUCAUCCUGCUCGUCAUCCCUAACAUUAGAAGCCUCUACGGCAACAUCAGCCUCAUCGGCUUUAUUGCUGCCACCCUCCUAUGAGGUGGCUGCCACGAUGGCUUUGCUGUCGGAGCAUGUGACAACAUGUGAUAAUGUUGCCAUUACCAUGCCCCAAUUAGAUUCGUGUGCAUCAGCAAAAACCUCAAGUGAUUUAACAGACAUCAUAACAGUAUGAUUAGCUUGUUAAAGGAAAUUUAUACAAUUUGUUGUUUGAGCUGUUUCGAUUUGCCAGCAAACAAAUUUCGUUUUAGGUUCUUGUUGUUCCUCAUAAUACAAUAUUUUUAUUUAGUUUUAUUUGUGAACAAAGUGUGUAAAUAAGUUUGUAAAUAGGUUAACAAAAAAAACAGAGAGACAAGAAGGAAUAUUUAUAUAUUAUUUAAUAUUUAAA